GUAACCUUCCCCAAUACAAGUCUCCGCUUUCUAUUCAAGUCAUCUACUCGGCGCCAGCGUCGCCUCAUUAGACAUCAGGAGGCAGAGUGUAGGUCAUAGAGCCUCUUCCUCCGCUCGCCCCGCAGCCUGCACGCGAUGGAGAAGAAGGAGAGUCGCGCCGACUGGGUGGCCGUGGAGGCGCAGUUCCAGAGCGGCGAGGCCAACCAGCCCGCGAAGGCCAAGACGGCGUACCAGUUCUUCCAAAAGCGGGUCGUGGAUGACGUCAAACGCGACGUGGCGGCCAAGGCGGCCGAGCUCAACGAGCCUGUGGAGCUGGGAAGUAUCUCCAAGGAGAUAAGCGCGCGCUGGGCGCAGCUUUCGGCUGGAGACCGCGAGGAGUUCGUGGAGCUCGCGGCUCAGGAUAAGAAGCGUUACGACGAAGAAUGCCGUGCGCGCGACGAGGAGGUGGAGCGUGAACGUGCACGCAAACGAGAGGAGAUGUAUGGCGCUGUGGAGGGCAAGCGUGAGCGCAAGAAGACUCAAGUGGUGAUCGAGGAGACUCGCCCCAAACGUCAGCCAAGAGAACUCACAGAGAAGCAGCUGGAAGCCAAAAGACUGCGGCAGGAGAUCCGACAGCAGGAGAUCGACGAGCGAGAUGAGCUUAAAGCUGAAGAGAAGCGUCAAAAGGAGGCGCUCGCUAAGAAGAAGUCCGAGAUCGCAUCGGCCAGACUCAAGUAUCUGCUGUCGCAGAGUGAUAUCUUCGCUCACUUCAGUGGACAAGUGAAGAAGGGCAAGACGAAGGGCAAGAAAGGUGCAGCGCUGGAUGCUGAUGAGGACGCAGAGACUGGAGAGGAGAGUGCAGAGGACACCAAGAAGGGAAAAGGGAAGAAAAACAAGAAGCGCGACGAUGAUGAGGACGAAAUGGACUCGUCGACUCACGUGGGUGUUCGCAUCACUCAGCAGCCGUCGGUGAUUAAAUUCGGUACAAUGCGUGCCUACCAACUGGAAGGACUCAGCUGGAUGGUCAACCUCGCACACCAAGGUAUCAACGGUAUUCUUGCCGAUGAAAUGGGUCUAGGAAAGACCUUACAGACGAUCUCUGUGCUGGCCUAUUUCUACGAGUUCGAGAACAUUACAGGUCCGCACAUUGUAUUGGUGCCCAAGUCGACGCUGAGUAACUGGCUGGCAGAGUUUGAGCGCUGGUGUCCGUCUCUGCGUGCUGUCAAGUUCCACGGCAACAAGGAGGAGCGUCAGCGCUGCGUGCAGGAGGUUUUGUGCCCCGGUUUACCCGAUGACAAGCGCAAGUUCGACGUCUGUGUGACUACGUUCGAAAUGUGCCUGAAGGAAAAGACGGCGCUGUGCAAAUUUGCGUGGAGAUACCUGAUUAUUGAUGAAGCUCAUCGCAUCAAGAACGAAAGCUCCCAGUUCUCCACAGUCGUUCGUAUGCUGGACACUGAGCACCGCUUGUUGUUGACAGGCACACCUCUUCAGAACAACCUGCACGAACUGUGGGCCUUGCUGAACUUCUUGCUGCCUGAUGUGUUCGCAUCGUCGCAGGAGUUCGACGACUGGUUCAACCUGGACGUGGAUGAUGACGAAGCCAAGAAGCAGAUGAUCAGCCAAUUGCACAAGAUUUUGCGUCCGUUCAUGCUGCGUCGUCUUAAGGCUGACGUCGAGAAGAGUCUCCCACCCAAGAAGGAAACGCUGUUAUUCGUGGGCAUGUCUGAGAUGCAGAAGGCACUGUACAAGUCGCUCCUGCUGCGCGAUAUGAACACGAUCAUGGGCGGAACUGGCGGUGUUUCCAAGAGCGCACUGCAGAACAUUGUGAUGCAGCUGCGAAAGUGCUGCGGUCAUCCGUACCUGUUCGAAGGACAGGAGGAUCGAUCUCUGGAUCCGUUAGGAGAACACGUGGUUGAAAACUGCGGUAAGAUGGUGCUGUUGGACAAGUUGUUGAAGAAGCUGAAGCAACGUGGCUCGCGUGUGCUGAUAUUCACGCAGAUGACUCGCGUCUUGGAUAUUAUGGAGGACUUCUGCCGCAUGCGCUUGUAUGAUUACUGCCGCAUCGACGGUCAGACGUCGUACGAGGACCGAGAAAGCUCGAUUGACGAGUACAACAAGCCAAACUCGUCCAAGUUCCUGUUCUUAUUGUCCACUCGCGCUGGUGGUCUCGGUAUCAACUUGUACACGGCAGACGUCGUCAUUCUGUACGACUCGGACUGGAACCCUCAAGCUGAUCUACAGGCACAGGAUCGUGCGCAUCGUAUCGGCCAGAAGAAGGAGGUGAAUGUGUACCGCUUGGUGACGACAGAUUCGGUCGAGGAGAAGAUCAUUGAGCGCGCUCAGCAGAAAUUGAAACUGGACGCUAUGGUUGUGCAGCAAGGUCGUCUCCAGGAGAAGCAGAGCAAGCUCACGAAGAACGAUAUGCUCGAGAUGAUUCGGUUUGGUGCUGACCAGGUGUUCCGCACGACGGACUCGACUAUCACGGACGAGGAUAUCGACGCUAUCCUUGCAAAGGGUGAGCAACGCACAGAGGAAAUGAAACAGAAGAUGCAAGCGCACGACAAGGGCGACCUGCUGGACUUUAAGCUUGACGGUGGAGGUUGCCAGAACCACGACGGUAUCGACUACUCGAACGAGAAGGAACGUCAAGAGGAGCUGAAGCGUCUUGCUGAUGCAGAACUGGCGCGUCAGAUGGCUGAGGGCAUGGGCAAGCGAGAGCGUCGUACUGUGCUCCGUCACAGUCACGUGUCGUUGGAAGGCAAGCAUAGAACGAAGCAGAAACAGUUACCGAAGGCGUUGCGCUUGCCUCGCAUUGACGAGUGGCAGUUCUACAACCGCAAGCGACUUAUUGAACUGCACGAGAUCGAGUGUGCAAACUAUGAGCAAGCCAAGACGGAAAUGGAGAAGCCGCCGCUACCGCCUCACGCGCAGUAUCUCACAGAGGAACAAUUGCAGGAGAAGGAGCAGUUGCUGUCUGAAGGUUUCAGCGAUUGGAACAAGCCCCAGUUCUUCCUGUUCAUCAAGCUGCUUGCUCGCUAUGGUCGUAACAACAUCGAAGCUGUGGCCCGGGAAAUGAUGAAACCUCUGGAGGAGAUCGAGCGCUACUCGAAGGUUUUCCUAUCUCGUGGCCAAGACGAGCUGAGCGACUGGCCCAAAAUCCUCAAGUCUAUUGAGAAAGGAGAGUCGAAGUUGCUUGAGAUCGAGCGCUUGACGGAGGAGACGGCGCGUAAGGUGAAGCGUUACGCUAACCCGUGGGAGGAUAUGCCCAUCAAUUAUCAAGGCAAGGGCGGCAAGGUGUUCACCGAAGAGGAGGACCGAGUGCUGUUGUGUCUGGUGAACCAAUUCGGCUACGGCGCGUGGGACCGCAUCAAGCAGGAGAUCUGCAGCAUGGAGAUGUUCUCCUUCGACUAUUAUCUUCGCUCGCGUACCGCGGCUGAGAUCGGACGUCGCUGUGAUGCGCUUAUGCGCAUUUGCGAGAAGGACAACGCGGACUUGGAGAUCCGUGAGAAGAAGGAGAACGAUGUUCGUCGCGUGUUGCAGGAGCAACGUGCCAAGCUUGAUCAGCAGCUUGCUGCAGCUCGCGCGGAUGUCAAGCAGCAUCAGGCUCGCGUGGAUGAGCUUAUCAUGAAGGAGGCGAAGCGUAUGCAGCGACAGCGUGAAGCCAAGCGUGCCAAGAAGCGGAAGGAACGCGAUGAGAACGAGGAAAUGGUUGACCAGCACACAGAGGCGCUGGUGUCGUUCCUGCUGCAGGCGACGAGUAUGGACGCAGCUAAAGUCGCUCUUGACUUCUGCGCCAAGAUCCGUCACGAGAAGCAUGAAGAACUGCAGCCUUCGUACGUGCUGAAGAAGAUUCGCCAAGUGGCGGAAUUGGAUGAACUCGCCACGAAGGGUACGCUCGCGUGGACGAUCAAACCGGAGUUUGCCAACAUUGGGAAGGUGAAUUUGAAGAAGGAGAGCAAGGUACUGAAACAAGAACACAUGACUGACGUUAGUGGCGGCGCAACUCCGAUCAAGUCUGAGGACAAGAGUCGUCUGCCUCGAUCUCCGUGGUCUCCGACUGCGAUGAAACAGCAACAGAAGGUCAAGAAAGAGAAGAAAGUGAAGAAAGACGGAACGUUGAACACUGUGCGGAAGCCUCGCAGCGCGUACGUGCAGUUCAGUAUGGCCACUCGGGCGGAGGUGAAGCGAUCACUAGGCGAGAACGCGCAGAUGGUGGACAUCAUGAAGGAGCUUGUGAGGUUGUGGAAAGAGAUGACGCCCGAACAGAAGGCACCGUGGGUGGAGGCGGCCAAGCUGGACAAGUUGCGCUACGAGCGUGAGAUGAACGAGAUGGCGGCGUAAGGUUUGCAGCCCUCAGGUGCAGUACAUAUAUGCCACUAUAUACAUUUGUUUACUUGCACUUUUUUGCGUGAAAUUUUAUGGAUUGUUUGUUAGCCUUGACUGAUAAUAAUGCAAAUAAGUGGCCAACAAGUGGCAGCAUUACUAGUCUUCAGCACGAAGGUUACGGCCGUUGAAGAUGGGGGAGACGUUGUCUUCUGUGUCGGUGUAGGAUUGGGAAAUCGAGUCCAGAAGAGCUUGCAGCUUGGUGUUGAGCUCGGCGUCGACAGCAGCGUUGGCAUUGGCCUGCUCUACAAGUUGUGCGAUCGUGUCCUGGAGCGCACCGCCUGAAGGAUCGAUACGGGCGAGAGCGGCACUGAUGGAGUUGGUGAUGGACGACGUGGCUUCAGCUCUGCUCACAGCGUCCGUCCCAAUCUGGGCGAUCUGAGCGGCAGCGUCUUGGGCGACCGAGGUGUCGAGUUGUCCGGCGACCAGAGCGAGGAGCAGGGCAAUAGGCUUGAUGAAGUUCAUGACUGGGUUGCGUACAGUUGCGGUUUGUGACUCGGUGAGUAAAUUGCGGAAUGACAACAUUGACAUCGUUCUCCUUCUCUGUUGGCACAGGCUCGAGUCAAGGUGGCCACAUAUCAUGUACCCAUUUUUUUCUGCUACUCGUUGAUGCCUGGCAAAGAUAUGGUUAAGCUGUUCGAAGCGAGUGGAAUGGAUUCUCUUAGAUUAAAUCAAGCGACAACUUGCCAUCAAAUACAUGAAAUGGCUCACUUUUGCGCUUUAUGUCAAGAUAACCACGAUUUUUUUUACCUACAUCAAAAAUGA